GAAGUCAGCAACAACGAGCCACAGUAGUCACACUACGCCUCUUGAACGUGUCGGACACAACUAUUAAAUAUAUAUACUCCAAUCCUCACUAUUUCAUUAGCACAAAAUAUAUAUAUAUUUUAUUUUUGUCUUUCUUUUAAUAUUUUUACAAUAUUAACAAGUGAUUAAUUUAUUGUUAUUAAUUAAUAACUUUUUUUAAUAUUGUUUUUAAUUGCAAAAAAAAAAAAAAUUAAUUCAGUUUUAAUUGUGAGUGUUUAUAAAUUAUACUGGAUUUCACCGGAGUUUGGUGCAGUGAUUAUAUAUUAAAUUCUAGUUAUAUUUAGUAUUGAAAAUAAAUAAAUAAAAAUAAAUAAAGAAAAUAUUAAUAAUUUUUGUGAAUUAUUAUUGUAAACAUUGAAAUUUCUUUUUUUUUUUUUAUUUUUGGUUACCCGGUGAAUUUUGUGACAUUAUUAAUUGAUUAAUUUAUAUUGUGUUUUUCAAGUGACAUUAAAUUAAUCAAGUUUUUUUUUUUUUUUUUUUGUAUAAAUAAUAAAUAUUAAUUAUUAUUUGGCAAAAAAUAAAAACAAAUAUUUUUUGCGGUGUAUGGACAUGCUGAGAUGCCGUGGUUGUUUAGACUACGGAUUAACGGCUAGCUAGAAGGUGGCAGGGCAUCACGAUGCGCACGUUGCUGCUGCUGAGAUUGUUGUUUGUGGUGGGAGUUAUUGUGCUGCUUGUUAAUGCAACAAGUGCAAGCAGCAAUGUUGUAAAUAAUAAUAAUAAUAGUCAUAAUAAAAUGAAAGAAACAGAACGUGAAAGAGUAAUUAGACAAGUUGAAAAAAAUUUAUUAUCAAUGCUACGAAUGACUAAAAGACCAAAACCAAUUGGUAAAGCACAAGUACCUGAAUCAAUGAGAUUAUUAUAUAAUAAACAAAAAGCAAUUAAAAUGACAGAUAUUGCUAAACCUGGUAUUCAUACAAUAUCAGCAAAUACAGUACGAUCAUUCAAUCAUGUUGAGAGUCCACUUGAUGAUAAAUUCCAAUCACCAAAUCGCUUUCGUCUGUAUUUUAAUUUAUCAAGUAUACCGUUAGAUGAGAGUUUAAAAGCAGCUGAAUUGAGUUUAUCACGUGUAUCACAUGUAUUAUCAAAUAAUAAUGAUAAUAUUGGUAAAAUACUUGUAUAUGAUAUUGUACGUCCAGGAAUAAAAGGAAAAAAUAAUGUUCAGCUACGUUUAAUUGAUAGUAAAACAAUUGAUGGUAAAAAAAAUAAUACAAUAACAGUUGAUGUACAACCAGCAGUAUCACGUUGGUUAAAUGAAAAAUUACAUAAUUAUGGUUUAUUAAUAAAUAUAAUUGAUAUUAAAUUAGAAAAUAAUAAAAAAUCUCAUAUACGUAUGAAACGUGAUAUUAAUGAAAAUAAUGAUAAUUGGUUAAAAAUACGUCCAGUAUUAUUUACAUAUACUGAUGAUGGACAUCAUAAAAUGACAACAGCUAAAGAUAUUAUUGAACGUCGUAGUAAACGUGCAAUUAAUAAAAAAAAUCAUCGUAUUAAAGAUUCACGUGGACAAUGUAAACGACAUCCAUUAUAUGUUAAUUUUGAUGAUGUUGGAUGGAGUGAUUGGAUUGUUGCACCACCUGGUUAUGAUGCAUAUCAUUGUCAUGGUGAUUGUCCACGUGAUCUUAGUGAACAUUUAAAUUCAACAAAUCAUGCUGUUGUACAAAAUCUUGUUAAUGAUAUUAAUCCAGGUAUAGUACCAAAAGCAUGCUGUGUACCAACAUCAUUAACAAGUAUAUCAAUGCUUUAUCUUGAUGAAGAAAAUAAAGUUGUAUUAAAAAAUUAUCAAGAUAUGACUGUUGUUGGUUGUGGCUGUCGUUAAUCCAAAUAAUUUAUUAUUAAUUAUAUAAAUUUUAAAAAAAUUUCGACAAUCAAACAAAGAGCAAAAAAAAAAAAAAAAAAAUACUGUAUUUAAUAAUUUCAUUGGCCUUCUAACUUGUGAAUAAAAAAAUAUAUAAAUUAAUUCAAUGCGUGUAUAAAUUGCUACAUCUAUAUCACGUGAAAACGGGCGUCGGCCAAGUUAAUUUACAAGAGACUCACAAACUGAUCGAACUAAUGGAUAAAUAAUUCAAUUUUUUUUUUUUAUCAAAUAAAAGAGGUAAAUAAAAUGAAUUAUUUAGUGAAAAAAAAAAAAAGAAAAAUAUACAAGUUAAUGAAAAAAAAAAAAAAAAAAAAACGUAUAUAAAAGUUAAGUGCGUGACGCUGCCGCAUUCUCGACAGUUUUAGUAAUCAACAGACUCUAAACGAGGCAUGGGCUAGGCCUCUCUUGUGUAUAUAAAUAAUUUAUAUAUAUAUUUUAUAUACAUACAUAUAAAUAUAUAGUGAAAAGAAGUUGGUAUGGUGAAGAACAACUAUUGGAUUAUGAAGAAAAAAAAAAAAAAUCAUUUUUAUUAUUCUUUUUUUUUUUUAUAUAGAUAACAUUAUUUUCUUCUUCUUUUUAUCGUGCCAUGGAAACUUGCGAUAGGCAAAACAACCCGAACCUCCUUGGAGCGCAAAAAACCGCGCGCAAGUUAUUUUUUUUUAAAUUUUUUUUAUAUCUUUUUGUUUUUAAUUGGAGUUUCUCUCUCUCGCUAUCUAAAUGUGUGUUUGUAAAUUACAUAUAUAUAUAUGUGUAAUUUAUUAAUAAGGCUGUAGAGAAAACCGGUAUCAGAUUAACCACCGGCACCAUCCGCAGGUGCUACUUGUGUCUCCGUGGCAACGGUUGAAAUAUCUCGAUAAAUGAAAUUAAAAAUAUAUAAGUAUAUUAGCAAAAAAAAAAAAAAAUUAUAAGUA